AUGAGAGCUGUCCACUGUUGCACGCUGAUCGGGACCCUCAUCGCCCUUAUGGCCCAUCACAGCGAGGCUCUCCAGUGCUACACGUGUAUGGGCUCCACAGACUCCGACUGCAACCGGCAAGGCUCCAAGACCUGCCCCGACUACUCAGACGCCUGCGCGGUGGUGCGCGGACAUGGCAGUGGUGUGAUGAAGUCGUGCUCCUACAAGUCCUUCUGUAGCCAGGCCAACAGCCAGGGUUAUCGGGCGCCGGGGGUCAGGGUUCACUGUUGCUACUCCAGCAACUGCAAUGCGUCGGGUCACGCCACUCGUCUGGUUGGCGGAGCCAGCUAUCUACUCAUCGCCCUGCCAUUACUGUUGUUUCAGCUGCUCUGGAGCUAA